AUGCUUACAGUUCUCCUGGCCCCACCAGCCGUGAGGUACAAGGAUUCCUUAAAAGAAGACGUUCAGAAGGCAGAUCAUGUCAUUAGUAACACAGGGGCAGGAAGCUCUUUGGAGACUCUGGAAAAAGGAAAGCCACUUGUGGUGGUGGUUAUAGAUGAAGAGUUGAUGAACAGUCAUCAACUAGAAUUGGCAGAGCAGCCCCAGAAAGAGGGGCAUCACCUCUGUUGUGCCUGCAGCAGCUUAGUGGACUUAACAACACUGAAAUGUUACCCUCCUGGCCAGCCAGAAAAAUUGUCUGCAUUUUUGGAUAAAGUUGUUGGAUUACAAAAAUAAAUACUUAAGCUUUCAACACUUAAAAACACCUCCUCCCCAAA